AUUGGGACCCUUGUUUCCUCGUGAGAGAAUUAUCAAUCUUGGGGCUUGAAGAGCACGUUCGUACUAUAAAGCAGAUGCGGAGAUUCUUGAUUAACCAAGCUAAAGGUCUCGUCGACCAUUCUCGUCGUCAACAUCACAAAAGUCCAAGCUUUCUCUCUCCUCAAUCUCGUCCUCUUGCUUCUCCUGCUUCUGCUUCUCUUGUUUCUCUGUCUCGUUUCUUCUCUUCUACUUCGGAUAUGUCUGCUUCUGAUUCCACUUCUUCUCUUCCCGUUACUGUUGACUCCAUCAAUCCCAAGGUUCUGAAAUGUGAGUAUGCUGUUCGUGGAGAAAUUGUCAACAUUGCUCAGAAGUUGCAAGAAGACUUGAAGGCUAAUAAGGAUGCUUAUCCCUUUGAUGAGAUAAUCUAUUGCAACAUUGGGAAUCCUCAAUCUCUUGGUCAACUGCCUAUAAGGUUCUUCCGAGAGGUUCUCGCAUUGUGUGACCACUCAAGCCUUUUGGAUGAGUCUGAAACACAUGGUUUGUUCAGUAUCGAUUCAAUUGACCGAGCAUGGAAGAUUUUGGACCAAAUUCCCGGAAGAGCGACUGGUGCUUACAGUCACAGCCAGGGUAUCAAAGGAUUACGUGAUGUAAUUGCAGCUGGAAUCGAAGCACGUGAUGGCUUCCCCGCUGAUCCAAAUGAUAUUUUCUUGACUGAUGGUGCAAGUCCAGCGGUUCACAUGAUGAUGCAACUUCUCUUGAGCUCAGAGAAAGAUGGUAUUCUUUGCCCGAUUCCUCAGUAUCCAUUGUACUCUGCUUCAAUUGCCCUCCAUGGUGGAUCUCUGGUUCCGUACUAUCUUGAUGAAGCAACCGGAUGGGGACUGGAAAUAUCUGACCUUAAGAAGCAACUGGAGGAAGCUAGGUCGAAGGGCAUCGCUGUAAGGGCCUUGGUUGUCAUAAACCCCGGUAACCCAACUGGGCAGGUUCUUGCGGAAGAAAACCAGCGUGACAUUGUUAAUUUCUGCAAGCAAGAGGGUUUGGUUCUUUUAGCUGACGAGGUCUACCAAGAAAAUGUUUACGUCCCUGACAAAAAGUUCCAUUCUUUCAAGAAAGUAGCACGGUCUUUGGGCUACGGUGAAAAGGAUAUCUCGUUAGUCUCGUUCCAAUCAGUCUCCAAAGGAUACUAUGGAGAAUGUGGAAAAAGAGGAGGUUACAUGGAGGUGACCGGAUUCACUUCUGAUGUAAGAGAACAGAUAUACAAAAUGGCUUCGGUGAAUCUUUGUUCUAACAUCUCUGGUCAAAUUCUUGCUAGCCUUGUCAUGAGCCCACCCAAGCCUGGUGAUGACUCAUAUGACUCAUACAUGGCAGAAAGAGAUGGAAUUCUCUCAUCCAUGGCAAAACGUGCAAAGACUUUGGAAGACGCUCUCAACAGUUUAGAAGGCGUUACAUGUAACAGAGCCGAAGGAGCAAUGUAUCUCUUCCCGCGAAUUAGCCUUCCUCAAAAGGCGAUUGAAGCUGCUGAGGCCGAAAAAACUGCGCCAGAUGCGUUCUACUGCAAACGCCUUCUCAAUGCUACUGGUGUAGUUGUAGUCCCUGGUUCUGGCUUUGGACAGGUUCCUGGAACAUGGCACUUUAGAUGCACAAUACUUCCGCAAGAAGACAAGAUUCCGGCGAUAGUGAAUCGUCUCACAGAGUUCCACAAGAGCUUCAUGGACGAAUUCCGCGACUAAAAAACCUGAACAUGAAGAUGACCUUUUGAGAAAAGUGUGAUCAGUUUGAGUUAUUAAA